AUGCCUGUAACUUUAGACCUUCGGCGUCAAAAUCCUCAAAAUCUCUUCAAAGAUAAUGAUGACAAUAAUCAACUUCCUCUUUCUGAUCAAAUACAAUUAUUAAAUAAUAAUAUAAAUAAUUUAUCAAGAAUUCAUCAAAAUCCACAAUUGUCACAAUCUUCUCAAUUAUCAUCAUUAUCAACAAAUAGCAAUAUCAACAACACUUCAGAUAAUAAUAACGCUUCUUUAAAUAUUUCUCCUUCUCCAUCUUCCUCCACUAUCUCAACAUUAUUACCUCAGCAACUACCACCCCCUCCACAUUCUACUACAUCAUCGUCACCAGAUGAUUUUAAUACUUUUGAUAUUGGUGAUUUAUUUGCCACUUCGGACGAUAAUCAAAAUAUAAAAUCCUUUCUUUUGGAUCAAUUAUUAUCGAAUACUCCUGUUGACACUUUUACGAACAAAAAAGCAAACAACAACAAUAAGAGCAACGUUGGUAAAAAUAACAAUAUUACUGGUAGUGAUUUGGAUUUUUCUGACUUUUUAUCAAGUGAUGUAUAUUCAGAUGAUCGUAAUUCUUCAUCAACACCAUGGUUUUUAAACAACAACAAAAACAAUGAUGGUUCUAGUGAUAGUCUAGAUGCAUUUAAUAUUCAUAUGCCUAAUAUUAGUAAUAAUACUAAUGAUGUUACUGCUACUACUGAUGCCACGUCCUUGAUUUAUUUAAAUACUUCGUCUUCAUCAACUUUAAAUUCUCUUUGUUCUAUGAAAAAACCAGAAGAUUAUUCGGAAUUGUGGGAUCGGCUAUAUGCCCUUCUUAAACAAGAAUGUCAAGCAAUUCAAAAAAUUAUUGACGUGACAGAAUACAAAUCACUUCAAUUUACAAAAACUAUAAGUCAAUUUUCUUCUUAUGAUGUCACAAAUGAUCCACGAAUAAUUGUACCCGAUCAUGCUUCCGAAUUCAAAUAUGUUCUUAAUGUGACAAAUGACGGAAAUGACGGUUUUAGAUCAAUAUCAAUUUUGUUGAAUGUUUUAGAUUGGGAAAAAGUGGGAAGUAAAGAUGCUUAUCACGAGGAAUUGAGAGUGAGGACUGUGUUGGAAAUGGUGAAUAGAACUGAUAAGAAUAGGAAAAGUUUUGAAAAACAUACCGAAGAAAUAUCUGCAAAUGGUGGGAAAAUAACUACUACUUCGGUAUAUCCUGGUUAUUUCCAGAAAGACACGAUUGAUAUGGCUGUUCAUUUUGGAUUUGCUACUAAUGCACCACAAUAUGCGGCUAUAGUGUGGCAAAUUGAAUCAUUGAAUACUUGUAUUAAUGGUUCUUUGGUAGGCGUUCCUCAAUUGAUCAUAUUGUCCAAUCUGCUAAAGGCAAUAAUAACUAUAAUUUAUCCUGAUAUAGAAAAUAGAUAUUUUCGUACUCGUAUAACUUGUAAAGGAAAUUCCAAACGGGUCUUUCAUUUGUUGUUUUAUAAUCCUGAUUUUGGUUCACGAUUUCCCGAUUCACUACCUUUAGAUCGUUAUUUUAUUGCUCCUUUA